UGUCGGAUAUGUCAAGUAGGGGCGUAACCUGUCCACAUUACGCAAUUGAUGAAUCAUCGACAAAUUCAAUGAGUGAAAUUAAUGAGAUGUAAUUCGCCAUGGAAUCGCACAAAGAGCAAAAUAAUGGUCUGGCACUUUAUUCUUGAAUCCAAGCAUUGAACGGCAUGAUAACAUCAAUUUCCCGUCCGAAUGUAUUAACUGCCAAGGACACCCCAUUCACAAAAUAAUAAAACAGGACGCUUUACACAUCGGCGAUAGCAGCGACGUUUUAUCUAGUUCCACUCAGCCGCUACGCGCGGUGUCAGCAACAGCGCCGUAAUAUAGUGGAGAGACGAUCUACAGACCGGUGUUAGUUGGCGAUUGGCGGUCGUAACAUUUGAUAUGGAGUGGGUGCUGACACCGUUGGAUAUCUUGUCUGUUGUUCCAAGGUGGUAUGUGGGCGCCUGCUUUGGGACAGUGUUCUUCUUAUAUUACUUGCGCGAUGCCGUGAAACUACCAACCAUAGCAUGUGCUCCCGGCAAGUUCAGACAAUUUUUGGAAGAUAACGUUCCUAUAUUGAAGGAAAAAUUCUGGCCUACAUUAUGGUGUUUCGAAUCGCGAGCGCAAACUGUUUUGGCUAGCUUACUGCGAUCACAACUUCUUCCCGAAAUUCUCUACAGAAGAGAAAUAUUGAGGCUUAGUGAUGGUGGACAAGUGGCUUUGGACUGGCUGGAGGAUGGCUGUGCCCCUAAGUCACCAAUUGUUAUUAUCCUUCCUGGUUUAACCGGAGCUAGCCAAGCAGAUUAUGUCAAAACACUUGUUAGAGCUGCAAACAAACUUGGGUUGCGUGUAGUUGUGUUCAAUAACCGGGGUCUUGGAGGUAUAUCACUGAAGACACCUCGAACAUACUGUGCUGCGAACUGUGAAGAUCUGUCAGCUGUUAUUCAUCAUGUGCAGACUCUCAAUCCAAAUGUUCCUUUAGCAGCAACGGGUAUAUCAAUGGGCGGAUUAAUCCUUGGAAAUUACUUGGCUGCAGAAGAAUUGGCAGCGCGGAAGAAGUUUGUAGCUGCUAUGGUUAUCUCAGUACCAUGGAAUGUUUUUAAAGGGUCUGAAAGCAUUGAAAAACCCUUUCUGAAUCUCAUGCUCAACCGGCAUUUGUGUGAGGGACUUUGUAAACUGAUUGAAGGGGCAGAAGAACUUGGUAUUGAUGUUCCUUGGGACAUGAAUGAAAUUCGAAAGAGCAGAACAAUAAGGGAGUUUGAUGCAAACUUCACUGUGAAGCAGUUUGGUUUCAAAGAUGUAUUUGACUACUACAGUCAGGCAACACUCCACAACAAAUUGCACAAGAUAGCAGUACCUUUACUUUGCCUGAAUGCGGCAGAUGAUCCCUUUCAGCCAUUAGACGCCAUUCCUGUGGAGGCAGCAAAUAAUUCCAAGAAUGUUGCUAUGGUUAUAACUGCACGGGGUGGACACAUUGGCUUUUUGGAAGGAAUUAUGCCAGCUUACCAGACUGAGACACAGUACAUGAGCCGUUUGUUUUCACAGUAUUUUAGUGCUGUGUUCAGGGAAGAGACAGGAUUUUUUAAUUUAUUGGACAAAGCUGACUGAUCAUGUUAUAUUACCACCAAAGAUAUGUUGGUAAAAAUCACGUAAUUCUAUGCUGCUUCCUUGUUGUUAUUUGAAAGUCUAUUAAAUGCAUUUACUAGAGAUAGUAAUUUAUAACUUGAGCUAAAAUAAUGAAAUGUAGCAUUUGGUUUUACAUUCAUGAUUUCAGAAGAAACGUGAUUACAUAGCACGCUUCAUUUGGAGGUUUAAUCUCGUUUCUUCCACACUAUGGCUUUAUGACUAAAGAAUUAAUUUUAAAAGAAAUAAUUUUGUACUUUUGUGGUUUAUGAAAAGAUACAGAGGCAUAUGACGUGCUGCAUUUUAUGCAUUCCCCCUCUCCUUUCUGUGAUAGUUUAAGUAUGGAUUUUUUUAUCAGGGCUUGUACAAUGUGUUUUAGAUGACAUUUUUGCCUGGUGUUUUUUGUGUACUCAUGUAAUUGUUAGUUGUCAUGGUUCACAUGAAAGUCAUAAAAUUGUAGUUUCAAUUGUUGAACAGAGGAGAAGACAUUUACAUUGGAAGUAGGGAUCAGAUUGGUUGUGUCAAAUGUGUGUAAGAGCAGUAUUAGUAAGUAAUGAUUUUAUCUGUCCACCUCCAAACUGUUGAUGUGCCUCACUUGAUGACACACAUUUUAUAUUGAACAGUUAUAAUUUGACUGAUCCUGAGCUGUGGUUGUAUUGGUGCUACGUUGUGGAAAUACCGUUGCACAAUGUAUGAUAAAAAGCUGAUGUUGGCUGUAGAUGCUCUUCCACUUACAUAACUAACCUCUUGCUUCCACUGUGUGUGUGUGUGUGUGUGUGUGUGUGUGUGUGUGUGUGUGUGUGUGUAAAUAUACAUAGACCUAUUGCAUAAAAGCUCCAGGUGCAAGAUUAGUUUCUAACAGAAAGAUUGUUUGUGAAUUUUGUAAAGAUGUGUGACGUUAAAUCAAAGUGAACUACUUUGUUUGCUGCAGUAUUAUCUAAAAUAUAUGUAACAUAAUUAUGUCUACUAUAAAACACUGUCUUAGCCACUCUGUCGCAUUUUCUUGAGAACUUAUCUGUCUUGCCCAUUUCGAUAAUCAUUCAUUUCCAUCUCUGUCCAGCUGUUCUCAUUAAUGCCAAUGUUUUAUUUUAAUUUUUGUAAGACAUUCUGUUUGUACAUUGCACAACAUUCUGUGUGGAUGUUGCACAAAUUUGUGCGUACUACUGACAGAAAUUUUUUCUUGUCACAUUACUUCACUAAUUUCAAUAACUGUCUGCAUUAUGGAAUGCUUUCAGUAGUCUUGCUUUGAAGUUUCAGGUAUAUUUGUAGUUCAUUCUGGCUGGUGGUCUUGGCACAAGAACAUUAUUAGUGAUUUUUUACAACUAAUUUUGAUGCAAGAUUUUAAAUUUUAUGUUCCUGCCAUUUUGUAAGAUACAGUGACUACACAUUAUUUGCAGAUAUGUAUGUAUGUUUGUUUUGUCUUCAGAGUUUAUGUGAAUGUUAGUAAUGAUCUACAGCAUUAAAAAGUUAAUUGGCAAUGCUGCACAACACUAAUAUUAUGAUAAGAUCAUUAAAAAACACCUUCAAUUACCCUUACAUCACUAUAUACUGUUGACUACUAUUAUCUGUGUUAGGUGGUAAUAGUAGCACUGAAUAGUUGUGUAUGUCUUCUUGUGUAUUAAAUUAAGUAUUAAUGCCUGUCAGUAUGGCCAAGAGUUGUAUUGUUUUUAUUUUUUCACUUUCUCUACUUGUGCUCUUAUGUUCUGAACAGUUACUUUUCUUCUCAAUUUACCCAAAAGGCAUAUUACAGUAUCAAUAUUAUUGUAGUAACCUACUGAUCUGCAGAAAACUUUGUGUAAUUGUAGAACAUAAGAGUUAAAUUAUUGCAUAGUGAUUAAGACACAUGUUGUGGUAAUCUUGGCAUAUAUGUGAUCUGGCCAACGUGGUUUUCCAAAAUUGCAUUUUUAUAUAAAAUCAUAUAAAAUGUUUCUGACACAGGAGAAGAGCGUAAAAAAAUAAAGCAUGAAAGAAGUGAAGAAAAUCUUUUGUCUUUAUUAUUUUAUGUGUUUUGCCAUCAUAACACACAACCUUUUUUCCUGCUCUUUUGUUGCAUUUAAAGAUGUUCAAUUUCUUUGUUUUCGCAUUUGUUUGUAGCCUCUUUCUUCUGUCGUGUUAUGUUUAUUUCCUAGUUUUGGUACCUAUAUAUGUUUCAUUUUCUUCUUGUACCUCCUGAUAAGAACAGAUAAAUGCUAUGGCAAUGGAUCUCGGAAUGGUUAUGUCACACAAUAAUGUUUGCGACUUUCAUUAUAAAAUUCUAUGAAAACAGCUUAAUAUAAUUGAAUUACAGUUUGUUUACAUUUUCUGCAACUCAUCUUCUGGUAAGGAAAGAUCUGCAAAAUUAUUUGACCAUAUUAUUUUUCAUUGCAAAAUUAAUAGUCUCUUACUAAUUUUCUCAACUCCUAGUUGCAGGAAGGAAUUAUGUCAUGAAAUAAGCAACCAGUUGCAUAAAAGAAAUUUAAUUUCUUUACCAGUUUCGGGCACUUAGUGCCCUUCUUCUGGAGGUUAUGCCUAUUGCAGUAUUUGUUAGUGUCAAUAAUGAAGUACAUACAGCAAAAAUGCCUUGAUCCUAAAAAAAAUAGGUGCAGGAGGAAUAAGUAAUGCAAUACUGAACUCAUUAAUACAAUAAGAGAGCUCACAGUUGCCUACAAGUUUUAUGCAUACACUGUGAACUAAAUGUAGGCAUCUGAGAGCUCUUAUUGUAUCACUGGAGUCAGUAUUGCAUCACUUAUUGCUCCUGCAGAUAUAUUUUUAGGACCAUAGGAUUUUUGCUAAAUGGACCAUAUUAUUGACACUCACAAACAAUGUGAUAGGCAUAACUUUCUGAAGAAGGGCACCAAGUGCCCGAAACUGGUAAAGAAAUUUCUUUUAUGCAACUGGUUGCUUAUUAUUUCAUUAUAUGAUUGACUGAUUGAUUUAUUCAUCUGUAGAACACUAUAUAUUGUAUGGAUGUCAUCAAAUAUUUGUGCCAUAUUUCUUUUUCAUAUAAACACAAUGUUUUAAUUAGUUCUACUUUUCUAAUCAUAUCACAAAAUUAUUACAUGGUGCAAUGUUUAUGAACAUUAAAUUACAAUCUAAAGUUAUUUUAAAUAUUCACUUUCAGUAAAUACAAUUGUAGUAAAUAUUUUUGUAGGCUUUGGCUAAAGGAGUGGGGAUCAUUUGCAUAAUUUAUUUUUUGUGGCAGUCUGUUGUACAAUUUUAUUCCAUAUUA